AGCUGCCGGUCUCUCUCAGCAUCACUACGAUUUUGGGGACUGGACGGCAAUAGUGGUGCUGACGGCAGUACUGGAGUAUUAAGGAUGUUAGGCAGCCAUUAUACAGUGGUGGAUGGCGGGCUGGCUUCCACACUGCAGGCUGAGGGGUACGAGGUGGAUGGCGACCCAUUGUGGAGUGCUCGGCUGCUGGCAACACACCCAAGCGCCAUUAAAAAGGUACACACAUUAUUUUUAGAAGCAGGAGCAGAGGUGGUGGUGUGUGGCAGUUACCAGAGCAGUGUGCCAGGCUUCCAGCAGCACCUUGGCACCACACAGAAGGAGGCACUGGCACUUAUUGAAUGCUCCGCCACUCUGGCACUCGAAGCUGUACAGGAGUUUGAGGGGAAGAGAGGAACUGGAGGCGAGGAGACAGGAGGAGGAGGAGGAAGGAGGACAAACAGGGAUGAGAAGGAAAGAUGGAAGAACAUUAAAGGAAAUGUUGCUUUUAAGAGUUGUCACCCAAAGGUCGUUGCAGGGUCAGUAGGGCCCUAUGGAGCAUGCCAGGCAGAUGGGUCAGAGUACACAGGGUCAUACAUUCCCUCUGUGACCCAAUGUGACCUCGCGACCUGGCACCUACCCCGCUUGGAGGCGCUGGCAGGGGCAGGGCUGCAGCUGGUGGCACUGGAGACCCUGCCAGCACUGUCUGAGGCCUUGGCACUCCUGGGGCUUCUGCAAGAGUUUCCUGAUUUAAAUGCUUGGGUCACCUUCUCCUGUAAGGACGCACAGCACACAAGUUAUGGAGACCAUUUUGGUGAAGCAGUGAGGUCGUGUUAUGAGCAAGGCAGGGAACAGCUGAUAGGGGUGGGGGUCAACUGCACUCCCCCCCCACCUCAUCACCCCACUUCUUCAGGAGGCUAACCGGUUCCUCCCCUCCCCCCCACGUCCUCCCCAGGGUGGUGUAUCCAAACUCAGGGGAGGAGUGGGUACCUGGCAAGUGGUGAGUGGGGAGUUUGGUGGGUCUGGUGGAGGUCUUCAAGUGGUACAGGGGACACAGCAAGGGUGACUAAGAGGGGGUCUGGUGGAGGUCUUCAGGUGGUACAGGGGACACAGCAAGGGUGAC